AUGAGCUGGCACUUAAAGAAUGCAGCGGACUACAAGGCCUGCGGAAUCCGUUAUCUGGGGAGCAAGGAGCAGGUUCUCCGUUCUCCCUUCUCUCUGUGCUGCAGUGCAGUAGGGCAUCCAGUGACCACCGAUCUUAGCACCGCCGCCAAUCCCUCUCUUCCCACACCUCCAGAAGCAAGACUUCCCCUUCCGCGUGUGACCCGUUCGCUUCCCCCACCCGCCGCUCCGCCAGUCCUCCGCUCCGCCGCUCCGCCGCGCAUGACGACGGGAGGCGGGCUGUUCGGGUCCACAGCGGGAUCGUCGCUGUUCGGCCAGCCGCAGCAGACAACCCCCGCGGCGCCCUCGUUAUUCGGCCAGCAAACUCCCGCCACGCCGUCGCCGUUCGGGCAGCAAACUCAAGCCGCCGCGGCGCCGUCUCUUUUCGGCCAGACGACCCCCGCUACGCCCUCGCCGUUCGGCCAAUCAGCUCCCGCAUUCGGCGCCGCGUCCACGCCCGCGUUCGGCGCAUCUCCGACUUCCGCGUUCGGCGCUGCUUCUACCUCCGCGUUCGGCGCUACGCCUACCUCCGCGUUCGGUGCUGCUUCCACUUCCGCUUUUGGAGCUUCCUCCACCCCCGCGUUUGGCGCUGCGUCGACGCCCGCUUUCGGCGCAUCUGCCUCCCCAUUCGGCGCUACAACCACCUCCGCAUUCGGCGCUACCCCUACUUCCGCAUUCGGCGCCGCUUCCUCGACGCCUGGCUUCGGCGGUCAACUCACCCUAUCCCAACCGCAGCAGCAGCAGCAGGGAGCGCUUCAACAGGCGCAGUUCGCGGCGCAAUCCGCGCAAUGGUCCGGGGCGCUUCCGGAAAGGGAGGUCGCCGCGAUAGCCGCCGCGUAUUUCGGCGACGCGCGGAAUCCGCUAGGGCGGUUCGUGAGCCCGUUCCUGAGCGUCACGCACCCCCUGGCGCGCUUCCGCCCGCCGAACGUCCCCGAGCUGACGUGGCAGGAGGCGAUUCGCCUGCUGGCAGCGGCUGGCCCUGAAAACCAGGCGGACGGUCUCUGGCCGGAAAUGGUGUGCGGAUUCUCGGGAUUGUCGAAGCGGCUGCAAGUGCAGGAUGAGACGAUAGAGGCGGAUAGGCAGCGGUUGGAUGCGGUGGAAGCGGCGGUGGGGCAGGUGAGGGCGCACAUGACAGCAGUGACUGAUGACCCCCCUGUGUCUUACCCUUCAUUCUUACAGGACGAAACGAUAGAAGCGGAUAGACAACGGUUGGAUGCGGUAGAAGCAGCAGUGGGGCAGGUGAGGGCGCACGUGACAGCCGUGACGGAGGGCCGGCAGGGGGCGGUGAGGCAGAGACAGCAGCAGCUGCAGCAGCGGGUGCUGCGACUGAUGCGACUCGUGGAGGCAGCUGCAGCAGCGGGUGCUGCGACUGAUGCGACGGGUGGUGGUGCGUUUGGGGGUUAUGGAGAUGUGGGGAUUAUGGUCGUCACUCAUGGAGGAGGGCAUAGCAACCAAUCAGAGACAGAGGCAGCAGCAGCUGCAGCAGCGGAUGCUGCGACUGAUGCGACUGGUGGAGGUACGUUUGAAGGGGGUACGGGAAGGUUAUGGGGGGUCUACAUCAUGGAGCUGAGGACAUCUCCCCACCCCACGUCCCUCUCUGACUCAAAAUUCACCUCUGUGCCUCCCUUGCUCUCUCCCUUGCCUCCCUCUCGCCCCUCCUUUCCUCUCUCCCCUCCACCUCCCUCCCCUCAGAUCAUGGAGCUCAGGACGUCUCCCCACGUCCCUCUCUCGCCAACAGAGCUGCUUCUAUCAGACAGGCUUCAGUCCCUCCUCCGUCUGCUCUGCAGUGGGGCAUCAGAGCUCCCUAGAAAGGUCGAAUCCCUCGCUGCAGCAGCCAGCAUGCUGGCCGAUGGGGGGGGAGAGGGCGGGGGAGCGGAUACAGGCGCAGGAGGAGCAGGAGGAGGAGUCAGGGAGGGUGGGGGAGUGAGGGUGGAGGAGUGGAGUAUGGAGAGAAUGAGGGGGGUGGUGGCGACACAGGCAGAGGCGGUGGGGAGGUUGGCACAGCUGGUGGAGCGAGAUGUGAGGGACGUGGGGAUCAUGAUGGGGGGAGGGGGAGUGGACCCUAUAGGGGGAGUGGCAGGAGCAUAG